AUGAUCUCACAGACUUGCAACAAUGUUGAUGAGAUUCAAAUCUACCUCCGCUUCCUUAAGAUCCUUAAAACAGGCUGCAUUAUACGUGUUAGUCGGAAAAAACAUGGCGCCGCCCUUUCAAAUCUAUCUAUCUAUAUAUCUCAGUCGUUUUCAUAUCUAUGUCAGUCGUUUUCACAUCUAUCUAUCUAUCUAUCUAUCUAUCUAUCUAUCUAUCUAUCUAUCUAUCUAUCUAUCUAUCUAUCUAAGCCCUUUCAAAUCUAUCUAUCUAUAUAUCUCAGUCGUUUUCACAUCUAUCUAUCUAUCUAUCUAUCUAUCUAUCUAUCUAUCUAUCUAAGCCCUUUCAAAUCUAUCUAUCUAUCUAUCUAUCUAUCUAUUUAUCUAUCUAUCUAUCUAUCUAUCUAUCUAUCUAAGCCCUUUCAAAUCUAUCUAUCUAUAUAUCUCAGUCUCGUGUUCAUAUCUAUCUAUGUUAGUCGUUUUCACAUCUAUCUAUCUAUCUAUCUAUCUAUCUAUCUAAGCCCUUUCAAAUUUAUCUAUCUAUCUAUAUAUCUGUCAUUUUCACAUUUUUCUAUCUAUCUAUAUAUCUAUCUAUCUAAGCCCUUUCAAAUCUAUCUCUCUAUAUAUCUCAGUCUUUUCCAUAUCUAUCUAUCUAUCUAUCUAUCUAUCUAUCUAUCUAUCUUCACAUUUUCCGGAAUUUCACCAACGAGACUAGUUUCAUUUUGUCUUUACUUUUCAUAUCUAUCUAUCUCAGUCUGUCCAUAUGUAUCUAUCUAUCUAUCUAUCUAUCUAUCUAUCUAUCUAUCUAUCUAUCUAUCUCAGCCUGUUCAUAUCUAUCUCAGUCUGCUUAUAUCUAUCUAUCUAUCUAUCUAUCUAUCUAUCUAUCUAUCUAUCUAUCCCAGUCUGUUCAUAUAUGUCUCAGUCUCUUCAUUGUCUGUCUCAAUCUGUUCAUAUCUAUCUAUUUAUCUAUCUCAGUCAGUUCAUAUCUAUCUAGCUAUUACCUAUCUGUUCAAAGGUAUCUAUCUAUAUUCAUAUCUAUCUAUCUCAGUCUGUUCAUAUCUAUCUGUUAGUCUAACUCUCCGUUUAUUUAAAAGAAAAGAAAAAAAUCCCCCCUGUCUCUGUCAUGAACUCGUAAUAUAUCGGUUAGCUCUUUCAUUAACGAAAAUCUUGGUCUGUCUGUCUAUCUAUCUAUCUAUCUAUCUAUCUAUCUAUCUAUCUAUCUAUCUAUCUGUCUGUCUGUCGGUAUAG